AUGAUAGAUGCUUUAGACAGUAGACUAGAUAAUAUAGAGAAGAAUUUAAAAUAUUUCUCUGAUAGAAUACUUGAAGAGCAGGAAGUCAAAUUGUUUCAUCCAAAAGACAAAACUUUUAUUACUGAGACAUCUGAGUUUGAUGGACUGAGGACUCAGAGAAGUUCUAAAGGAUGUAAAAGUGUUGAUUACAGUGAAUCAAUAAUAGAGAGUCGUAAAAGAUCUUUAGAGUACUGUACCUUUCCUGGUUUUCAUCAGAAAGAGUCUAUUGAACUACCAAGUCAAUUAGAGACACCACCCAUUUUAGAUAGAGUCACUAGAGCUCAAGAUUUCAAUAAAAGCCAGAAUGAGAAUAAAGAUUUGAUAUUUGAUAGAAUAGCUGAUAGUUUUGUUGCUUUAUUUACCACCAUUAAUAAAGAUGUUAAAGAUAAAGUCUUGGCUGUGUAUCCAGAUUGUUAUGCUCAAGCUUUAUAUGCUAUAUAUAGUGAAGCUUUUCCUGAAUCAACACCUAUAUUUGAUGACCAGUUUAAACAAUAUUUGAUCAAUCUUGCACAUGAAUGGAUUACAGGAUUAAAACCAGUUCCAGCGACCUACAAUAAUUGGGAUAUUUUGGCAUUACAUCCAAGUGUUACAAAAGGCAAUAAAACAGAUGAUAAUGUUGUAGCUGCUAAACAGAUGAUUCAAGCAGCUGCUUUGAAUAAAGAUGUUACGAUAACAUUAGAUAUGGAUUCAUUUAACAAAAUGAUAGAGAAAUUGGGAGUAGAGAAGAGUCCUAUACAUUCUCCUAGUGGUUUCCAUAGAGAUAUAACUAAAACAACAUUAACAUCAUCAUCACCUUUACCAGUUCCUUCUAUACCUCAAUCUAGAACAGUGGUACCACAUAAACCUAAACAGUUAGAGUCUCAUCAAAUUGGACCUGGUCCCGAUUAUGAAAGAGUCAAGUUUAAUACACAAGGCCGCAGUCCAUUGAUAUCACAUUAUCUAUAUAUGAGACAAUUACGUGAUUUAAAACAACCUGGACAGAAAGUCCGAAGAACAGAAAUAGCAAAAAUGCCAUAUCCUUUAUGA